CAUACUCGGUUUUCUUCAAUUAUGUUUUUAGGCAAAAGAGGUUGGGGAGUGGACGGACCGAUCUGGUGAAACCCUUCAAAUACUGACAACCCUUCUGCUAAGCUCACAGUUCUGCAAGCAUUUUUGCUUUUAUUGCCGCUGAGAUAGCGGAGGAACAGUUUCUAAUAUUUCAUACCCUUUUUGAGUCCAGAAGCUGAUCAGCUCACUGCCAUGGAGUCCGUAAAUGAUCUGGAUUCAAAGCAGCAAGCUCUCAAGCCUAUUCGAACGAAGAUAGCAGGAGGAGAAGAAGAAUCUGGGAAAAAACCCUACGAUAUCGAGGAGGAGGAAGAAGAGCCAUUGAGUCCAGCAGCUCGAAUUUUCCAUGAACCAAACUUCAAUGUCUACAUCAUUGCCAUCAUGGGAUGGAAAACCAAGAUGGAUAUACAGGUUGUUAAAGCCCAUUUCCUGCGCACACUGCUUAAGCACCCCCGUUUCUCAAGCUUGCAGGUCAAGGACGAUGACAAAGGUGGAGCAAUGAGAUGGGUUCGAACUAAAGUUGAUCUAGACAAGCACAUUAUCAUGCCCGACCUCGAUCAGAAGACGGAGUCAGCGGACAAGUUGGUGGAAGACUACAUCUCCGACCUCAGCAAAACCUCCAUGGACCUCUCCAAUCCUCUAUGGGAGUUCCAUAUUCUCAACAUCAAGACCUCCGACGCGGAGUCCUUGGGAGUUUUCCGAAUCCACCACUCCCUCGGCGAUGGCGUGUCGCUCAUGUCCCUUGUCCUCGCUUGCACCCGCCAAGUCUCCGACUCGGAGGCCCUCCCAACGCUGCCGGUGCAGAAGAGUUCGAAUCCUAAUCCAGUCAAGUCUGGUGGGGUUUGGUCGCUUAUAAAGAUGGUUUGGUAUACUUUUGUGGAUGUUUUGAUGUUUAUUGCGACGGCGCUGUUCUUGAAGGAUACUGUGACGCCCCUCACCCGCCACCGGAAAAAAGGUGUUGGGUCAGAGUCGAGGCGGUUUGCUUACCGGACGGUGAGUUUUGAUGACAUCAAGCUGGUGAAGAAUGCCAUGAACACUACUAUCAACGAUGUGGUCAUGGGGGUGUCACUGGCUGGUCUUUCUCAAUAUCUCAAUAGAAGAUAUGGUGAGGCUAAGGGAGAGGCAGUAGCUACGCAGAAGAAAAAUAAUAUUCCUGAGAACAUUCGCCUCAGGGCCACUCUUCUGGUUAAUAUAAGACCUUCCCCAGGGAUUCAUGCUUUAGCUGAUAUGAUGGAGAAGGGAACCAAAGCAAAAUGGGGUAACUGUAUUGGAUCUGUGCUUCUCCCCUUUGCUAUUGCGAUACGAGAUGACCCGUUAGACUAUGUUCGCCAAGCUAAGGCUACCAUUGACAGAAAGAAGCAGUCUCAAGAAGCUGGAUACACAUUUCUCAUUGUUAAGUUAGUCCUCAAGUUAUUUGGAAUUAAGGCGGCAGCAUUUCUAUUCCAUAGAGUUCCAAAUCACACCACACUGUGCUUCUCAAACAUAGUUGGACCUAUAGAAGAAAUCGGUUUUUAUGGUCAUCCAUUGGCUUUCAUUGCUCCAAGUUGCUAUGGGCAACCCCAUGGAUUGAUGGUUCACUUUCAAAGUUACACGAAUAAAAUGACAUUUAUUCUAUCGGUUGAUGAAGCGACCAUUCCUGACCCUCACCAGCUAUGUGAUGAUAUUGAAGAAUCACUCAAGCUCAUGAAGGAUGCUGUUAUAGCAAGAGGGAUUGUUAAGGAAAAUCUCAUUAAAUAAAGAGUGAUUACACACAAAAAAGACCAAUAGCCAUAUUACAUUAUGCUUGAAUUAUCUUAAUUGUGCAAAUGUUGUGUACUCAUCUUUGCUUUCAUGUAUACCGAUAAUGCUGAUUGCUACCAAAUAGGGACUAUAAACCUUUGGUUUGUGUAUCUUAUAAAUUUGUUUCUCAAUUGGAUAAGUUGGAAUUUGGAUUAAA